CAAUAAAAAAGAAGGCUACGCAACGUGUCAUAGAAGUGCCGGAAGUGUUUUCAGUGUUCAAAAUGGCUUACCAAACAUUACAGCCGGAAUACUUACAGAUACCCAUUGUGACAAGAGCGUAUACUACCGCCUGUGUUCUCACCACUGCCGCUGUGCAACUAGAAAUCAUCACACCAUUUCAGCUGUACUUCAAUCCUGACUUGAUUCUAAGGAAUUACCAAGUAUGGCGACUAAUAACCAACUUCUUGUUUUUUGGUCCAGUUGGCUUUAAUUUCCUCUUCAAUAUGAUUUUUCUGUACAGAUACUGUCGUAUGCUAGAAGAGGGCUCCUUUAGGGGACGCACAGCUGACUUUGUCUUCAUGUUCCUUUUUGGAGGUCUCCUGAUGACUAUAUUUGGAACGUUUGUGAGUCUGGUGUUCCUGGGCCAGGCGUUCACGAUCAUGUUGGUCUACGUAUGGAGUCGAAGAAACCCAAAUGUUCGCAUGAACUUCUUUGGCCUGUUAAAUUUUCAGGCACCCUUUCUUCCCUGGGUGCUCAUGGGUUUCUCUCUUCUGCUAGGCAACUCUGUCAUCGUAGACCUUUUAGGUAUUGCUGUUGGUCAUGUGUAUUUUUUCCUCGAAGAUGUUUUUCCAAACCAGCCAGGUGGUGGACGGUGGCUCAAGACUCCAUCUAUUAUAAAGAUGUUAUUUGACACUGCAGAAGAAGAUGCCAACUAUAACCCACUCCCUGAGGAGCGUCCUGGAGGUUUUGCCUGGGGUGAAGGACAGCGACUUGGUGGUUGAACAUGGUCCCAGAUUAGCUUCUGGGGCAUUUCUAUUGACUUUCUGUCAAGUUAACAAACAUGCUCUUUUGUCAUGACAUGUUUGCUUAGUUCUGGAUGCGGAAUGCCAAAAGAGCAGUGCAGUUUUUCGUGAUGCAUUUGUUGUCCUAAAUCAUCCCUAGAAACUGUUACUAAAGCCAUCGCUCUAAAACUCUGAGAAAACAGAAGUUUUGUAUGGAACUUUAAAUAAAUGUUUAUAAAUAUAUAAUCUGGUUUUCUAUUUUUACUGUGAUUAACACAGUUGUCAUGUAAUUUAUAAAAAAAAAACAUUGUUAAAAUAUUAUCAGUUUAUUUGCUGUUUGUUGAAGCAUCAAAGAAAGAAGAACACUGGCAAAACUUCACGAAUGUGUGGAUUCUCCUGGUGACCAACGGAAUUCUAACAUUAUGUUGCUCGGCACAUAGAAGCGGCAUACCACAGCUAUACUACUGCCUUGCUCGAGCAAAGGCUCACCAUGGCCAGAAUGAUUCUGAACUGCUUUGGUAACCAUCCAUCAAAUACUUGUGACUUUUGUUGAACUCCUUCUUCAGCUUCAUGACUAACCUAUCCCAUGAGCUCAUGGUUUGCUUGUGAUGCACAUACUACAACUUAUGGUUCAUCUAUGACAGCCAGCUGUCCCUGAGUAAGUCAAACUGUCUUUUCAUUUCAUUUCAUUCUGUCUAUUGUGUAAAAGUUGUUCUUAUCAGGUACUCGCAACCUUUUCUGAUUGAUUUUACCAAUGCACUCUGUUGAUCCACGCUGUAACUGGACACCCCCUCUAACAGACACCAGUAGUCUGUUGUGUUGCUCUCCUUUUUCUAAAAAAUAAAAUUUCACAAAAUGUC